AUGUGCAAUUACCGUAAGUUCAUAUAUCAAUGUAACCAUUCUAGGAUCUCUGAUGACCCUAUACAACUCUGUCAGGAGCAGAAAGAUCACGAGUCAGGGCAGAGGUCGGAGCCAUGCAACACCACGGAAACCCACCCACGGAAUAACAUCAAAAUCAACCAUUUAUGUCUUCCUUGCCAUGAAAGCAAGGAAAGUACCGACGCGAAGUUUGCCUUGAUAAAACAGCGCCUAGCAGUGUUUAGGGAGAUACUUGAGAAGACGCAUGACGAUUGUAAAGGACAUCUAGAGGAGGCGGGCCUCGAGCCUGAGAACGGUCAAUCGCCAACUGCAGAUUCAUCGCUAGAUUCGUGUCUUGAAAAACUCAAUGCUACUGAGGAGUUCUUGCGGAAGAAGAUGGAGGAAGAAUAUGCGCAUAUGAUGAUGCUAUCGGAUUACAGGUAA